GCCAGGGGUGCCAUACUCCGACGCGGCUUUCAACAUGCACUUCUCCCUAGUGCUUCAGGCCAUCGCCGACGACACCGAUGGGGCAGAAGACGGCGAGAGCGGCCACCACAUCCGCCCCUGCGACAACCCGCUCUUCUUUACGGCUCCUCAUCACGGCGGCAAGCUGACCAACAUGUCCUUCGUCGAUGACCUCACCGACUUCAACUCGACCACCCGCCACUCCGACAUCAUUGAUAUUACGAGAACUUCAGCCGAACGACUAUGCCGUACAGCAUUCACCUACGGGCUCAAGCCACACCCAGACAAGACCAAGGUCAUCCUCUCCUUUAACGGGACGGGAUCCAACGUCGCACGCAGUAGGCUUGCACAGCAGAACAUUACAUCAAUCCAGCUGAGCAUCAUGUCGAUCUCGGUCCAGAUCACAGACCAGCACCGACUCUUAGGCACCAUCCUCACCAGCGGCAGCAUGGGCCCCGAGGUGCAGAAUCGCAUGCGACGAACCGACGCUUCGGCACGAGCUCUUGAGAGGCAAAUCCUACGACGUCGACGCCUACCCCGCAAAACAAAGAUCAAGUACGUGCACGCCCUCUCGACUGCCUCAUUAACCUUCAACCACCACGUCUGGCCAGCACUGACCCAGACUGACCACCAGCGCAUCUCCAAUGCCUACUCGAAGCCCUAUCGCACGGCAGCUGGAAUACCGAAAGCUAACUCGCAGCUUCAUCAUUUCACGGCCACCGAAGUAGUAGCCUACACUGGCAUCCCCGACUUCGACCACCACCAGUCUGCUGGAAGGCUGCGAUACUUACCACGGCUUCUACGAUACGCUCCUCAGCAGCUCCUCCAACUGCUUGACAACCAGCGACGGAGAAAGGGCUCAUGGACAUACAUGCUUUUCCAGGACUUCGACUUCCUGCGCACAUACCUGGACGACCAGCGCUGGCCCACGACCAGCAAGCUCGACUCCGACGUUUUUGCAUGGGCACGCGCCACGCCGAAGCACUUCAGCAACUCCGUCAACCUGGCUGUCACAAACUACAUCCGCGCAUCCAAAGACCGCGCCCGCGCCGACAAGCUGACCAAGGUGCUCAGACCCGACGGUCCCAUUGGUGCGGACCCCACGCCAUCACGCGACAACGGCGCCAGCAACUUCAUCUGCUACGAGUGUGGAAUCGUUACCAAGACCAAGCAGGGCAUGGCAAUACAUAUCGGGCCUGCCCUCACGGAAGAGGACGUGGCCACCAAUCAGGCGACCUACGCAGCCAGCAUAGCCGACAACAAACGCAGAGGUCCGUCAGUGAUGUGGAAUACUGAGAUGAUGCUCUACGCUACGGAGAACCUUGCUACGAGACGACCGACCAUCAUAGACGACGCCAGCAGCCUCUACGCCAUCUACUUCGGCCUCUCCCAG